AUGGCGGAUUCUACCGUUGCGGAUCUUCCUGCUGCUCGUGCUGAGAUGCCCAUGGGGUUGUAUCAUGCCAGUGCGAGAGCUGAUGAACUUUGCUUCUUCAGCAACGAGACGCGGAAUGCUGUCUUCAAGUAUGAUGGAACGACGCUGUUCGGGACGUACAGUGUGGAAGGUUCCUGUGUCAAAGUCCGGUGGCACCGAAAGGUUUAUACCAAGAUCGGCCGCACAACCAAGGAGAUAAAGGAAGAUAUUGACAUGCAGGAAGAGAUGACUGUGGAAGAAAACGGGUAUGCAGCUCGUUUCAGGGAUGCAGUCUACAGACACCAGCGCUUGACAGGAUGGAAGGACGAUUGA